UCGCGUUCGUUUGAUGUUAAAGUUCUUUAUAGAAUGUGUGCUGUAAUUUUUAUUAUUUAUUGAAUAAUUUAAAGUUUUUAUAAAAUAAUUUAUAUAAAAAGCAUUUAAUGAAUGAAACUUAAUAAAUAUCGCAAAGAAAAAGUAUUAAAUGAAGUUUAAAAGUGCUUAAAUAAACAAGAAAUAACAAUCUGUUAAAAGCUAACCAUGUGGUUUUAAGAGAGAGAAAAAGAAAAUAGUUUACCUUAUCUACUUAAACUAAACCUUAUAAAAGGGUUUUUGUAAAAAUAAAGUUUUUAUAAUUUUAUUUCAAAUAUGUUUUACUAAUCUCAAGUAUUACAUUUAUCGAGAAGAAAACUGAGAAGUAAACGUUUUAAGUUCAAGAAAGAAAAAAAAUUCGUAAUCCAAACACACGUAAAAAUGACUGAUGCACAAUAUGAAGCUAAAUAUCAAGAAAUGCAAAAAUAUGUACCAUUCAUACAGCGUGUCAUUGAUAGACUUAAAGUUAACAAUGAACAACAGCCGGAUAAACCGCGCCAAGCGCAAUUACAAAAAAUGGAAAUGUUACAUGAUUUGCUAACGAAUAAAGCAAAAAAGAUCAGAAUCGAGACUUUAAUAAAAUGUGAAGGCGUUUUAAUUAAGUUACAUAACAAAAUUGAAAAGCAAUCCACUUUAUUGCAGAAUGAAGAUAAUGUAUUAAAUAAUGUUAAAUUGAAGAACAAAACUCCUCAGCCUUCCACUACGGCUAGCAGUAGUAAUAGUAAUAAUAAAAAUACCAAAGUUUUAACAACAGAAGAAGAUAUUUCUGGACCCGCCAGUCCGCCUCCGGAAAUAAUAGCAGAUGUUAUAGAACAACCGGUAGAAAUACCCACCGAAAGACGUUGUUCUCCUAUAUUGCUAAAGGAUCCAGUGAAAACUAUAUCGCAUAAAACUGAAGAAUUAAAACAUUCCACUAGUGAAGAGUUUCAAAAUUUAAGACAAAAAGUCUUUUCCUCGGAUAAUAAACAACAAAAUAGUACAUCAAAUAAACAGUCGGCGGGACCACCACCACAUCAUCAUCAUCACCAUAAUAGAACACAUUAUGAUAAUCGUUCAAGUCAUUCUCAACAUCAUACACAUCAUCAGACUAAGCAUUUAAGUAAUUCGCGUCAAAAUAGUCCCUUCCCUAAGGAUAACAGAACUCCCACACCGAGCAAUGCUUCCAAAUUACAAACAGUUAAAGUGGUGAUAACAGAACCUUUACCGGCUCAUGUUAAACAACAACAUUUUCCCUCUUCCAAACCUUUUCUACCCAGAGCUUCAAUAUGUCACAAUAAUUUAAGAACAUUGCCACAGGUAUUACCUACAGACGAUGACAACAAUGAGGCCUAUAGUCCGGAAGAAUGUUGGGAACAAUACAAUGAAUCACAUAACAAACGUUCGGGUUUUUCAGCAUCAGCAGCCCCUGUUUUCUCACGUCUGGGGGCCAAAGUUACAGACGAAGUAAAAUUGGAGAGCCCUAGUGGCAGUAAACCACCAGGACGUUACACUCCUAUACCGGAUGUUUUAAAAAGUCCUCCUCUCUCCGUUAAUGAUAUCAAUAAUCUUUUAAUUGAAUCCGGAGCCGAUAAAAUAGCUAAAGAUAUUUCCGAAAUAGGCACUAGAAGGCCCACGAAAGUAGAGGAUGUAUCACCUAAUAAUUCCUUCGAAUUUGUGCGCAAAAAACUGCAACAAACAGCACGUCUCAACUCCCCCGUAACGGGAGAUAGAGAUGAACGUAAUAUGUCUCCUUUGCCGCCCGAAAGAUUGGCUUUAAAAUACAAUCCUCAUCCUAGGCAGGAGAGAUUAAUAUCUAUAUCCUCUACGGAGGGCAGUGAAUGCAGUACCCAAUCGAAAAUAAAUGAUCCAAGACUUAAAUAUAAAUUAAACAGCAGCAGCAGUACUUUAAAUUCUCCUUCUCCCAUGGCCAGUCCAAAUGUUAAUGUUUUGCCGGCCAUUAAUCUUAAUGAUCCCCGUCUAAAGAAACAGAAUCUUUUAAACAACACUCCACCCCUACACACGUCUACUCCCAUAAUGAAUUAUCCAGCAACAACUAAUUUAAGUCAUGCUGGACGUAAAGAUCCUAGAAUAUCAAGAGUAACAGCAAAUAAUAAUCAUAAUUUUACACCCAACAGAAGUGCCAGUCUUAAUCAAACACAAUAUAGUUCUGAAGAAAAUUGGGAUUCAGAUGAGGAGUUAAAACCUAAACCUUUAACUAAAGUAGAUCCUAGACUGGCUAAAAGAGAACAAACUCCUGUGGAAAACCCUUAUGAAAGAGAGGAAAGAUCGUUUAACUCCAAACCGCCACCCAAUAGAAGAAAUAGUUUAAGUCAAACGCGUUAUCAAAUGGAGGCGAGAUCUUUUGAACGGGCUAAAAGCCAGCCCAGAUUUCAAGGGGAUGAAGGACGCAAUCAUAGAGCUAAAAGUCAAACACGUUUUGUGCCAGAGACUACAAAAGAUAAAUUACCCAUUAGGGGUCAAAAUCGAAGCAGACAAGAUUCUUUGGAAGACAAACAAACUUCCCUUAAUACAGAUUCGACUGGUAAUAAUAAAAAAGACAAAAAACCUAAGAACAAACUAAAGCCCUGCACAACACAUACUGUACCCAAUCCUCCCAAAUCGGAUACCGAAGAAGAUUGGGAUUCUGAACCGGAAGAACCUAAAGAAAAACCUAAAGUUAUAGCAGAAACCAAUAAAGUUAUAGAAAAGCCGAAAGAGCCAAUAGCAAUUGAUAAAUCCCCGGUACCGCCAGUUAUAAUGCCUACGUAUCAUAAACAUAACUCACCCACGUCUAUAGUAAGCCCGGUACAUAAUAUACCCCCCUUGGGGACCUACAAACAGCCACCACCUCUUGUGGGAACUUAUAACCAGCCACCACCCCUCAUACCGCCGGGACCCCUUAACCACACAUUUCCUGCACAUAAUGCAAACGUCCACAAUCGUUUUAGUUCUUUGCUAAAUGACAAAUCCGAAAGAAUUAAAUAUUUUGAGGCGAAAAAACAGAAAACCACACAACCUAGAACCUAUAAAGAAUUCCGAGAGGCUAAAGAAAGAGCUCUAGCGCAAGAGGCGGCCCUAAAGAGAGCAACAGAAGAAGCUGAAGCUAAAAAGAAAGCUUUAGAAUUGAAAGAAGCCGAAAAAGAGAAAGAGUUAAAUGCUAAUGACAAACAAGAGUUAACCAAAGAAAUACCCAAGGAAACGGGCCAUAAAAAGUUGGAGGAAACGAAAAAAGAUAAAAAACCAAAUAACAAUGAAGGCGCAAAAGCUUCGGUUCUCACAAAGAAAGCUGUUGUACCGGCAGAAUCGGCUUUAGAUAAAAUGUAUCGGACACAAAAUUUCAAUACCACAUUCUCCAAAGGAAAUUUAAGUUUUAAAAUACCCAAAAAGAAAACAGAAGAGAAAACUAAAGAGGAGAGUGCAAAAACGGAAGUCGCAGCUAAUGUUAGUUUGGAAAAGGCAAAGGAGUUAGAUAAAGAGGAAAAUAAUGAAAAAGAUAAACAGGAGGAAACCAAAGAUAAACAACAAGAACAAAGCAAACAAACUGCAAAUAAUAAAAAGCCUUUGGUAACUACUCCUGCAAAGCCAAUGGAAACCAAAACUAAAGAAAUAAAUAAACAACAAGUUGAAACUACUGCUGGCAAGCAGUUGGAAAGCAAAGUUAAAGAAGUUAAUAAUAAAAAGACGAAGGAAACUAAACCCAACCAACAAGUAGAAGCUGGCGAAAAGCAGCAAACUAAAGAAGUUUCCAAAGAGGAUCAAGAUAAACAAGUAGAAGCUGGCGAUAAGGAAAAACUAAUGGAAAAGCAAAAAACUAAAGAAGUUUCCAAAGAGGACCAAGAAAUUGAAAAGGAGGAUAAGACCUCGGACACCCCAAAAUCCACAGAAUUGGUAAAAGAAAUAACAAAGGAAACCACCAAUAAUGAAAAUAAUAAAAAGUGUACACGUGAUCCCAGAUGUAGACCAAAACCAGCAGCAAACACAAAAGAUAAGGCAAAAGAAACAGAAAAACAAACUGAGAAGGAAAUGGAAAAGGAAAAACAACCUGAAAAAGAAAAGCCAACAGAACCAGCUAAAGAAAACUUUGAAAUGCUUUCACAGAUUGUCAUAACCUCUUCAGAAAAUGAGGUCAUACUUAAGCCUCAACAGAAUCUAAGUGCUCUCGAUAAAUUCAAUAAAUUAACACAAGAACUAACACCCAAACCGCAAAGAGUCCUUAGAAGACGCAAUACUAUGGUGGUAUUCGAUAGUGCUCCCCUAGUGGACAAAGAGAAGCUAAGAAAAGCCAAUGCUUUACUAUUCGAAGAUGUGCAGGAGGAAGAGAAACGCAAGCGCAAACAAGCCGAAGAGGAAAGAGUAAAUGCUAGACGCAAUCGAAAUCUAGAGGAAAUGUUUAAGAAAACCGAUGAUAAUUGCACCGUAUCCACGCAAAAUAUUAUCACAGGAAAGAGAAGAACACGGGCCACCAUUAAUUUCAAUGAGACAGCUUGUGCCAUAUCAGUGUUUAAGCAUGUGACCUUGAAAGAUGCCGCCACCAGUAAAGUGAGUGAAACAACGAUUCCAGCAGCUAAAAAUACAAGAUCAAAUGCCAAACCAAAAAAGCCAAAACCACAAGAAGAGCAUAACAAUACGGAUGAUAGUGAGGAUGAUGAUGAUGAUGCUGAAAAGGAAUCCGUACAAGUUAAAAACAAGAAAGAAACUAAAGCCAAUAAAACCAAAAACACAAAAGAGACUAAACAAAAAACAGAGGAGGCAGCCAAGGAAGCGGAAAACACUAAAGCCACUAAGGAAAUAGAAAACAAAACAAAAGCGGGCAAAAAAAGAGCACAGGCAAAUAAAAAGGUACAGCCGGGGAAAAACACGGAAACAACUACAACAACAGCAGCAAGUGACAUCAAUAAUGAAGCUGCCUUUAAGCCUAUAACGAAGGCAAACGAAGAAGAGCACCAAAAUUGUGCCGUUUCCUCGACCUCUACCGAAAACUCCAGCGAAGAACAAGCCAGCUGUUCUAAUGCCAUUAAGGAGACCUCCUUUAAAAAGGAAACAGAUGACAAUGAACCUACCAGCACGGCCAACAAGUCCAAUAACCCUACGCCCACCCCUGAAGCUAAUGUUCAUGUACUCAAUGAAAUAGUCGAUCAAAUUCUCAAACCUAAUGCCGAUAGAGAACAUAUUUUAGGUUUGUUAAGUCAGAUAUUAAGUGAAGAAAGACUGGAACUUAUAAAAUCUUUAAUAGAGUCCAGUCAUAGACAAACUACAGAAGCGGAGGAAAAUAAACAAGAAACGAAUAAGGAAAAAGAGAUUAAAAAAGAAAAAACACAAGCAAACAAUAAAAAUGAACAAACAAACGAGGAAGAGGAAGAAGAAGAGGAGGAAGAGGAUGAUCCUGAAGAUUUAAAACCUUUAAAACCUAAAGCAACAGCAGCAGGGGGAGAGGAAGGAAAAAAAGCAAGAGGGGCGAAAAAAAAUCAAAAGAAACGCAGUGAAUUAGACAGAUUAAAUGAUGACAUCAGAGAUAUGUUUAUAUGUGAAGGUGUACUGACAGCGACAGGACGGCGUAUGUGCACCAUUAUGGGCAAGGAGGUGGAAACGGAAAGCAACAAAAAGUCUGCCAAAGAAAACAAAGACAAUGAAACAAAUCAACAGGAAAUGGUAGGCAAAAGAAAAGAAGAAAAACUUAAGCCGCCGGCAAGCAAUCGACCCCUCCGAAGAUCUCUUAGAGGUUGUAAAACUAAUGAAGACAACAAUGAUGAUGAUGAUGAAGCCCUAUCUGUUUUUUCACGUACUACGGAGGAGUCGCUAGAUAACACCGAUACCAGUUUUAAUACAGACAGUACACCGCAAAGAAAAAUGCCCAUAUUAAAACCACAUACACCCAUUAAAAUACCCGAGGAAGAGGUAGAGGAAGCUGCCAAGAAAACCAACAAAACUAAUAAAAGAAAAUCUGUUACCAAGUCCAAUAUAAGAAAUAAAAAAGCUAAAACUAAAGAAGAAUCAGAAACAGAAGAUAGAGAUACUGAAACCGAAAUGGACGAGGAGGAGGAGGAGGAGGAAGAAAAGGGUGCAAUUAAAACAAAACCAGAAAAUAAAGCCGCCAUUAAAAACACCAAUCUACACUGGCAUAAUCAAUCAAAAUUCACCAAUUGGUGCAUGAUUUGUGAGAAGAAAAUCCCCGCCAAUAAAGUUUCUUUACACUACAAAAUGCAUCAUGGUGAAAAUUAUAUAUCACGCUUGGCACCCGUCUUACUGCAGCAAUUUAAAAAAGGAAAAUGCAAUCAACCAAUAUUUGGUGUUAAGAAGACACAAAGACAACCUUCCUGGUUCUAUAGAUGUCCCUUCUGUCUAAAUUACUUCAAUACGCCCCUGCCUCUUUGGCUGGAACAUUUUCAAAAUCAUACUGUAGAAUUUCGCUAUGAAUGUUGCAAGUGUCAUUACUGCAGCAAUCGUAGAAUGACAGUGGCACGUCAUGUUAAGACCUGCGAGGGUGGCAGCAUUGUAACUUCGAUGGUUAAGCUUAAUAAACCCACUGAAAUUAAUGCUCAUGUUUGUCAUCUUUGUAAUUUUAUACAAUUGAAGAGGGCAAACUUGGAAAGACACUAUAUAGAACAGCAUCAUUUGGAUAAGAAAAAGGUGGAGCUGUUGGGCUAUACCAUUACUUUGUUCGAUGUGGAAAAUGUGGAAUGUGUUACAGAGGAUAAGGCUAUCGAAAGAGAGAAUGAGGCCUGGAAGGCAAUAGAGAAAGAUGAACAGAUUAUUGAUAUAGAAGAUGAUGAAGAAGUGGCGGCAAAAGAAGCUAAAGCUUCAGAAAAUGAGGCUACAACUUCGAAGAAGCAAUCGCCUGAAACAGAAGUAACAAAGGAGAGUGAAAAAGAACCCAAAGAAGCUAAAAAUGAUGAGGAACAAGAAGCUGUGAACAAACCUAAAGAAACUACAAAGGAGUCGGAAGAAAGGCUAAAAGUUAAACGUAUUUUGGACUUAGAAAAAUCCAAAGAUUUGGAAAACCCUAAGCAAACCGAAGCAGCUAAGGAUUCCCAUGAAGAGCAGCAAAAAUUACACCAAGAAACUGGUAAAGAGAAGGAAUCAGUACAAGUUGUAAAUGCUACGAGCAACAACACAAAAAAGCUUGAAGAGAGGAAAAACAAAGAGACAGAAAAGGAAAUUCCAACCGAAACAGCUAAAGAAGAAAGUAACAAGAAGGAGAAAGUUUUACAAACACAACUACAACCUGCUACUACUAAAGAUUCCAGCAAGAAGCAGGAAAUAAGCAAAACUAAACAAACUGAAAAAGAACCAGCAACAGAUAAAACUAAAGACAACCAAAAAGAAACAAAUAAAGAAGAAAGUUCAAAAGAAAGUGUUUCAAAAGAACCAACAGAAAACGAAGAGCUAACAGAGAUAGAGAAAGAAACAAACAGCGAUAGCAUGAGGAUCAAUAAACCAAACGAGAAAGAAAUCUUAAAACCUGAAACUCCAAUUAAAACACCAACAAAAGAACAAGAAAAGCUCAAGAAAACUCCAACAAAAACAAAUAAGGUUAUAGAUUUUGACUCGAGCGAUAGUGAACCCUUAAGUAGCAAAGAUUUUGAGGUAGUAAAUGAGACAGCCACGGCACAAGAUCUACAAGAUGAACUCUUAGCUUUGGCGGCACAAGCAGCUGAUGAAGUAACUGCUACAGAGACCACAAAAGAAUCGCAAACUAAUCUACAAAAUGAACUAUUGGCUUUGGCAGCGCAAGCAGCUGAAGCAGAUCCUACAGAAACGCCAAAAAUUUGCCUAGAAAUGGAAGAGGAAACACAAAACUCUGUGGCCAGCAAUAAAGAGCCACAAAUUAACUUAAAACCAAAGGAUUGGGAACAGGAAAUCUCCAAAGAAAUUAAAAAACUUCCUGCGCCCCAAACCACCAUGUCAGAUCUUAUAGCAAGUUCCAUAGAUUUAAUUUACAAAAGAGGUGAUAGCAACAAACGCAAAUCUUUGGGUUUGGAAGCUUCUGAGGCAAAAAAACUCAAGCAAAAUGCCUCAAAUGCAUUCAUGCCCAGUCGAGAAGAGAACAGCAAUUCGCCCACCAUACAAAUAUUGGCACAAUCCAUAAUCAACAUAGAAGAACAGGCUAAUGAAGAUGGGGUACGACAGGCCAACAAACCCAUAACCAUGGCGGAGAGAUUAAGUCAACGUUUUAAAGAUUUACAACAACCUACGCAAGUAGAACAAACUAAUUCCAAAGAAAAUGCCUUUGAGAAACUUGUUAAUGAAACGGUAAAGGACUUGGAACAAGAAAACGUAACUGCUAUGCCAGCAUUAUUAGAAAAGGAAAAGGAUGUUCCUAAACCUGUAAUUUCUAAUGAUAUUACUGUUAUCAGUGAUGAUGAGGAUUGGGAAGAUAUAGAAAUUACAGAAACUGCUCCAACGGUUAGUGCCACGAAUACAGGUAAUAUGCCCAAGUCCAAGAAUAAGGGUCUUUUCCAGAAAUUUGGUUUAUUAAGGGGUAAUAACAAAAACACCAAAAAACACUUAACACCCAUGGGAUUUUUACCCAAAAAGAAAACCCUAAAAGAGAAAAUUACUCCCAACAAUAACGGCACUACUUUAAACACACCCCCACCAACCACUACAAUAACAACUAAAAAUCAAACAAACACCAACACUUCCCCCACCUUGAGUUCAGCAACUAAUACGCCACUAACUAAUACAACUGCUCAUAUAGGCUUUAAACCUGUUAUCAAUAUCAUGGAUGAUCUAUUGCCCGAUUCACCCUGUAAUGAUCCUAUAGAUUUAGUGCCGGGCUUGGCGCCUCUAGAACCUUUACAGGAUCUUAAUGAUAUUUCCUCAAUAUUGGACUCCAAUCUAAGUGCUGUGAAUAUAAAUGCUGCCGAUCAACAUACCAGCAUAGAAGAUGCUUUAGAUUUUGUUUCCGAGCAACAGGCAAAUGAUAAACAGCAGACCAAGUGCCACAGCAAAAUCUCCAUAAAUAAUAUCUCACAUGUGGGCUAUUCUUUGCAGUUGACGGGCGAGAAUCCUUUUAAAUUCUAUUGUUUAUUGGAAAAUUGUUCAUUUUUAUACUCGAGUGAUUCGGUGGGUUUGGAAACGCAUUUUAUGUGCGAACAUCAACAUAUUAAAUGGAAUGGUUAUUGUUUAAUGUGUCAGCAGCAAUGUUUUCCUCAGGAAGACGGCAAUAAAGAAUAUUCCAUUAACCAAGAGAUACGUCAUAUGAUGGAAAAACAUGCUCACAAACCUAUAUUGGAUCUUAAUAACGAUUCUACCCAGCAUUCUACCACCUCUAGUCAGGGUAGUGAGGAAAGACCUAAAAUUAAACUACGGCGUCUAACAGGCGACUGUCUUUCACGUUCUACACCCGAUAUAGAGGCUAAAGGUAAUGAGGGUGUGAGUGCAUUAACUUCUGCAGCUCCCUUAACCAUGUUGGGGGCAUUAUUGGUGGCCAAACCUAAACCGCCCACCAAGGACAUGCCUCCUCAACCACAAAUGCCCUUAACAGAGCCUUUACUAUUAGAUGCUGGUCCUGCUGUGGCUUUUAAUAAUGUCAGCAAAGAUUUUCUCAUCACCUCGGUAACCUCCUCGGCCCCCAACCAACAAACACCUUUACAAAUUUCCAAUGUAAUAAGUUUGAAUCCCAACACAACCACGGAACAACUACAAUUGCCCAAAAUAUCUAAUGUACGCACUCUGGCGCCCAAAGUGGGUAGUUUAUGGACGCAGCAAAUAGAAAAGGAGCGUGUAGAUUUGGUAGAAGCCGCAGCCGAAUCUCUAGAAGUUUCCAAUAUCUUGGCAAAUGCCGGCAAACCUUGUACCGAAAGAGAAGUACCGCGCAAUUUAGAUGACUCACCGGUAAUAGUGGCCGAAACGUUGCCUUUGGCCCAAAACAAAACCGGAGAUUUUGUAAUAACCCAAACUGUUUCGGCUCAGUACAAUGAUCAAUCCUCUGCGGCCCUUGGUUUUAAUAUUUCCAUAGCUGCCUCUACUACCAACAACAAUAAUAAUGCACCAACUAACGAAAGCAUGUCCUCACCUAGUUCCAACUUUACCAUAACUUCACGUCAAUAUAAAUGUAUGGGUAGUGGUUGUAAAUUUGUCAGCCGUGUCCCGGUGGCCAUGAGUGAUCAUUUGCGUUUUCAUGAACGUAGAAAUUUCUCCAAUAAACAUGACUAUUUGGCUUGUGGUUUCUGUUUCUAUUGUGCCACGGAUGUGGAAGAUUAUAUGAAACAUGCCGAUCAGUUUCAUAUUAUAAAUAAAACUUUAAACAAACUGGCAGCAACAACGGCCGCAAAUGCUGCAACAACAACAGCAGCAGUUAAUACCACUAAGUCCUCGCAAGCUAAUACAGCAACAACAGCUUCAUCAACGUCAGUUUCCCUUAAUACUGCUUCCCCCAAAUCGGCGGCCAAUAAAGAAAAAGACACCGCCCUUUCCUUAAAGGAAAAAAUACAGGAUAUUUUAAACAGUGGCGGCAAUGUUGUGAUUACCGACAUGAGAAAUGCCAAAUUUAUACAAAAUCAAAUUUCCAAACAUUUCCCAGAGCCCGAAGAAGUUUAUCUACGUAAAUUAAAAGAAACCAUAGAGGAAACUGUAGGACCCACCGGUUUGGCAGAUGAUAAACUUUAUCGUUGUGUUGUUAAAAACUGUCAGACCCAGCUAACCGAGAGUAAUUUUCUCACGCAUAUCAUGUAUCACAUCUCUAGCAUGGGUGGUAAUCCCAAUAAUUACACCUACAAAUGUCCACAUUGUACAGCUCAAUAUCAUCGUCCUGCUGGCAUUAAAGCUCAUAUCAAAAAUCAUGCUCGUAAUCGUUACUUUUGCUAUUUAUGUGAACAAACUUCCACCAAUCCGGGUCAGUUGCUGAAACAUUUCUCGGAAAAACAUUGGCAUACUUUGAAUAUGUAUACCAAAGAACUGAUUAAACCGAAAAUUUCCAAUGAUGCUUUGGGCACUGUAUUAGAUUCCGGCUAUUAUGUGGCCUAUACUCAAGAUCUAACCGAUGAGGAAUUAAGAAAAUUUGGUGAAAAAUUGAUAUUAGAAUGGCAGCGCAAGAAGUCGGGCUCUAAAACUCAUUUCAAAUCUAGCGAAAUAGAUCUAUUGCCCUUAUCCGCCAUAUUCCAACGUGAAGUCAACUGUGGCGAGUGCAAAUACAAAACCAAAGUACGCACCAAUAUGCUCAGACACUUGCAAAUGCAUAAACAAAAUCCUGACUUAAGUAAUAAAACUGAUGCCACUAAAGCCUACAGUGUGGAUCCUGUAAAUCCUGUGCCUUGUUUAAACAGCAGCGAAAGAUUUUUCGAUAAAAUGACCAAUUUAGCUUCAUCAUCUCUAAUACCUUCCUCUUCCACAACAGCAGCAUCAUCGGCCACAUCCACAGCAUCGAAGCCAGCCUUUAAAAUUCCCUACAGCUUUUUAUCAGAAAGUAAAUGUUACACUUGUGGCUGUCCUGGCUGUAAUUAUCAUACCAUUUCGGUGGAUUUAUUCCGUGCCCAUUUAAACGCUUUGCAUUCGAAUAAUGUAACCUACCGUUGCACUUUUUGUCUGGAGGAAAUCUGUAAGAGAGGCAUUACUAUUGAUCGCAUUUUAAAUCAUUUACGUUUUCAUGGCGCCACUCUAUUUCGUUGUGAAGAAUGUAAUUAUAUUCAUUAUUUGCGUUAUGUGGUCGAGAGACAUAUUAACGAGAAGCAUGCCAGUUCCAAGGUGAAUAUUGUUAUGCAUGAACGUUCCGAAGAAGACGACCCAGAGGGUCAUACUACGAUGGUGGCUUUUGCAGGCAAAAAAUAUAAAGAAACUUUGGAAAACAAUCAAUCAACCGCUGGAACUUCUAGUCCAGUAACACGUUCAACCAACAGUGAUAAUGCAGCCCCAAAACCUAUAGUAACCUAUGUAAAUACAGCCAAAACGAAAGGUAAAUGGGUGUGUGAUGUUUGCGGCCACCGCUCCACCACUGUGGGACAAAUGCAAACCCAUUGCCAGCAACAGCACGGUGUUAAAAAUCAAUAUAAAUGUGCCCACUGUACCUUUGGAUCUCAUCAGCUCUCACAAAUUCUUUCGCACAUCGAUGAGAAACAUGCGGGUAAGACAAGAGAAGCCCGUUAUAUGUAUCAUAGAUCCGUUAAUAACAAUGAAGAUGUGGCCGAUACAAGACCCUUGUGGCAAAGAAACGAUCCCACACGUGUUAGACAUAUACGUGGCAUUUUAAUGGAAGAUGAAGAAGAGUCGGAGGAGUAUCGUAAAAAGUUACAGUUAGAGGAUAAUGAGGGCGAGGAGGAUGAUGAGGAUCAACAGGUGGAUGUGGAAACACAAGAUGACGAAGCGAAUAAUGCAAAUUAUAUAUCGGGCUAUGAGUUUGGCUGUUAUCAUUGUGCUUUUAAAACACAAAUAUUUGAGGAUUUAAAGAAUCAGCAUUAUAAUGAAGUGCACAAUAAACAGCAGGAGUUGGCCAAACCAUUCUGGUUUCGUUUGCUUAGGAGGCUGUGUUGUCCAGAAUGUCGUAAUUUCAUUGGUAGUAACAGUGAACUGCACCAGCAUUUAUUAAGUGUCCACAAAAAGUCACGUUACUUUGCAGCCGAUGUAACGAUGGCGGAAAAUGAUGACAACAGUCAAAGAUUACUGUGUGGUUACUGUUCCUUCCACUGUGCUAAUGUCGAAAACUUGUACAAGCAUCAUUUGCGUGUACAGCAUUGGCCCCAAGACAUACGUAUUGAUAAUAAUGAACAGAUUAUGGAUAUUUUAGCUUUAGGCAAACCGGAAGUGUCCUAUCAGUGCACUUUAUGCGCUGAUAUCUUUCCCAAUCGCGUGGCUAUUGUGCAACAUGCCUGUAAUAUGCAUGCGGGCGAGGAGAGUUUCUCCUUUAGGGAGCUUAGCAAUUCUCUGAUCUAUCGUUGUAGCAGCUGCUGUUUCACCAGUACCUCCGAAAUGGAUCUGAUGAGACACAUGAUCGAUCAUUAUGGUCGCUUUAAGACUUGUAAUUUUUGCGCCCAGCAGCAAAGUUCCUUCAAUGUUUAUAUGCAGCAUUGUUAUGCGGAACAUAAGCAGGAGAUACAAAAGUUUAGAACCAUUUACCCGUUCCGAGAAAUACGCAAAUUUUUGCUACAAAUAUUAGUAGUAUUCCCCAGUGGCCUGGUGCUCAACAAACGUAAUCUUUUAAAUACUAAAUAUGGAAAAACGGUGAUAAUAGAUGAGUUGUAUGAGGAGAUAUAUAAAAUAUCACAACAGCCGCCUAUACCAAGGCUAUCGAUAGCACGUUUGGUGGCGCGCAAAUCUAUAGAAGCUCAACAGAAACAUGUGGAUUAUUCAGCAAGCGCCACUCCACAAGAUGAAAUUUUAGAAGCCAUACAAUCAAGACCCAAAAGUGUGACCAAAAGAAGACGCACGGUGGUUUUGAGUGUAGAGGAUUCAGCAGCCAGCACGAGUUCUAACACUUUAUUGAAACCUAAAAUUUCUGUCAUAGAAAAUAAAACCCCAGCCGCCAUUAGAAAAAGAAGAACCACGGUAGAUCAUGAAAAUUUAAUGACACAACCACAACAAAUAGCCAAUGAAUUUAAUGCUCCCUUGCAACUGGCUAAAAUCUCAAAACGUAGACGCACGGUGGCGGUAGACCGUGACACUUUAUUCUCUACCAACUUAACCUCUAACACCAGCGAUUCCUUACUAAUUGAAAAGGAGUUUAAUAACAAAAAACGCAAAUUCUCUAACACCCCCACACACUCACCAAAACAUGCAACUGAACACAAUUAUCCACAAAAUUUAGACCUUGAACCCUUCUCCUAUUAUGGUCAAUUGCCUGAGCAAUUAGAUUUAACUAAAAUCUAUACUAAAGUAGCUAUAGGAGGCAUUAAAACUCCCUUAACUAUAGAUAAAUUUAAGCUAUUGUUUAAUAUUGAUUGUCAGUUAAAAUUAACUAAAUGUGAUGCCGAAGUAGAAGAAGAAGGUCAAAAGUUAAUGGCCUAUAAUGGUUAUAAACAUAUUAAAAAGGCCUGUCCAGCAAGCCAUAAAGUAAAAUUUAAUUGAAGAACAUGAAAACAGAAAGAAAGUUAUAAACUUUCUUUUAAAAGUAAAAACAAUAAUAAGACUCUUAGUUAGUAAGUCAACAUCCUAAAUGAAAAUUAGGAUAUUUUUUUAAGUUGUUUUACUUAACGUUAAGUACCUUUAAAUGCCCUUAAAAAAACUGUUAAACAAGUUAAAUUUUUGUUUGCUUAUACUCCUUAAAAAACGCCAUAGCCCAAUAUUUAAAACAAACUGUAUAUAAACAAGUUAUUUGUUAAGCUCUCUAUUACUCUCAUUACUUACAGGGAUCAAAUUUUAGACUAUGUAUGGCAGGAGUAAAAAUUUAGCUCUCUGUUUGAGAGAAAAAGCAGAGCUUUACAAAAUUUUAUUAUCCCUGUUAAGAUGUAAGUUAUGUUUCUUCCUUUUUUCCCUUUAUUAUUAUCAUUACAACUAUUAUUUUUUGAAUAUAGGAGUAAUUUUUUAUAUAUUAAUUAUUAUAACACUUAAAAACUUUUAUUAUUAUCUAUAUUAUUUAACUGAAAUAAAUGUAAAUAAUUGAGCAAC